CGGCCGCAGAGUAUACUGGGUAUAUUGGCUGUCCGUCGGUCGGGCUGCUCGGCUGCUGCUGUACAAGAUGGCGGUUCCGGGGGAGUUCCUUAAUAUUGGCAGCCAAGUGUCGUGUAUUACUUGUCUGGGACAGAGGCUGCAGGGCGAGGUGGCUGCCUUCGACUACCAAUCUAGAAUGCUCACCCUCAAAUGUCCGUCAUCUAGUGGGAAACCAAAUCAGAAUGAUGUUCUGCUGAUCAAUUUACACUAUGUUAAAGACGUUGAAAUAAUUACCGAGCGAACAGAAACUCCUCCACCUUUAGCAUCUCUCAAUGUAAACAAGCUUGCAAGUCGAGCACGGACAGAAAAAGAAGAGAAAUUAAGUCAAGCAUAUGCAAUUAGUGCUGGAGUCUCUCUGGAGGGACAACAGCUUUUCCAGACUAUUCAUAAGACGUAAGCUCAAUUUUUCAAUUUUGUUG